AUGUCUUCCCGGCGCAAUGCGCAGUCGAUUCCGGCGGAGAUCUCCAUUGCCCAUCUCAAGAACUGCCUUGUCAAUCUCCCCGCAUCGUUGGUCUCACUCCUCGUCAACGUCAACACACCCGCACAGAAUGUCGUUGUCGAACUGAGUUACCGGCCUUCCGCGAGCGCCUCCGGGUCCGGCGCAUCACAACAACGGUCCGUCUUCGUUGGGUGGACGGGCAUGCCGAGCAAGCGCAAGGUUGCAAGCAUAGUCGGACGCGAUGGCAUCAAUGGUGUUAGAGGAGGCGCUUCGGCGCGCGAUCAGGAAUUGGCGCAGGUCGAGAUCGACGCGACGUUGGCCAAUACGCUGAGCCUCACCGACGGACAACAGGUUACGGCUUCAAUACACGUCGAUCCACCUGUCGCACAUACAAUUAACAUAGAACCGCUCACCCCGGAAGACUGGGAAAUGAUCGAGCUACAUGCAACAUUUCUCGAGCUGAACCUUCUGUCCCAAGUACGAGCUUUGCCGAACCCCGCGUUCACUUCGAGCUCUGGCUCGGUAGUGGCUCCUCACGCGUUGACUCUACACCUUUCACCAACGUCGACAGCAAACAUCAAAGUAGUCUCCCUUGACCCCGCACCCGGGGCCGAAGUUCCUUUCGUCAAAAUCUCCCCCGACGCUGAAGUCAUUGUUGCGCCGAAGGUCCGGGCCAAGACAGCACACUCCCUAGGAGAGAAUCGUAGUGUGGCAAGCACCUCUAAGUCCAAGCGAAGUGGUGCGAGUACAGUUCGGCGGCGUAGUGCGCGAGAAGAGCGCAAGCCUGCACUUUGCCUGCGCGGGAUCGCCCAUUCGGCUUGCCGGGAUUGGUUCGACGAGGACCUAACUACCCAAGAUUUCAGCGUUUGGGUAGAUCGCGACAUUCUGUACACCAAGGACUUUCGAGGCGUAAAUUAUGUGUCGGUCAACAUUCUGCGACCUACACCACAAGCAAGUUCCACUCAGAAACCCCAAGACGCCGAACAAAUUGCAAGCACAUCAAAAGUAGCCACUAAAGUUGUCGCACAUCUACGCGCUUGGGACGACCCACCCGACAGUAAGACCAUUGCCCUCUCUCCGGCAUUGUGUGCGACAUUGGGCUUCACUGGAUCCGUUGGAGGGAUUGUCAAGAUCGAACCAGCGCCGCAACAAUGGUCUCUGGACGCCGUUACAAAGUUGAUCGUCCAACCAUUUGCUGCCUCCAAAAAGUCUUCAGAGGGAUUGAAGUUCGGCGGCGAGUCCAAGGCUGGUAAGGAGGAGGCGUCCAAGCAGUUCAGGCAUCUCUACGCUCGCAAAGAUGUUGCCCCCCUCAUCAGUGGGCCUCUGACAGAUGGGUCUGUAAUUGGUCUUUUCGAGGGCCUGGAGGCUCCCCAAGGUUGGGAAGGCGGUAUCAUCAAGUUCGAUCCGCCAGCCAUCAAUAGCGAUCCGCUCAGAUCAUCAACAAGAUGGGUCAUGGGCCUGAGCGAGAAAAUUCCCGUCGAUAUUCGAGACCCGGUUCCCCGACCGUCGUGGAUGAAGGACGAUAGCAUCGCCGAGCUGCAGCCGUCUGACGAUGGUCAGCUUGUUGGCAUUGAUAAGCUGCUACAAGAUCUUCGAAGUCACCUUUCGCACCUUUCCUCCACUCUGCUGACCGGCGCUCUGGGUUCUGGCAAGACCGCCGUUGCCAGGUCUUUGGCUCAGCAGCUUGGGAAAGAACUUCUAUUCCAUACAACCUACUUCCCAUGCCGAAAGCUCGUCAAUGACGAGACACGAAUCGCAACUAUUAAAGAUACUUUGAACAAAGUAUUCAUGUCAGCCAGUUGGGGUGCCAGGCUAGGGGGCAAGGCACUCGUGGUCUUGGACGAUCUUGACAAGCUGUGUCCUGUGGAAACCGAGUUACAAGUCGGUAACGACAAUGGACGAAGCCGGCAAAUCAGCGAAAUCAUUUGCUCGAUUAUACGCCAGUACUGCAACGUGGAGACUGGGGUGGUUCUACUGGCAGUGUCGGAGGGUAAAGAUUCCUUGAACAAUGUGAUCAUUGGGGGCCAUGUCGUCCGAGAGAUUGUCGACUUGAAGGCACCAAACAAGGAGGCGAGACGAAAGGUCAUGGAAAGUAUUGUCAGACGAGAUGCCGUCGCUGCUGAGAUCUUUCCACGAGCACCCCAGAACGGCAGCCGUCCACCUACAGCCGACGGCAGCGCGGUAGGGGAGGGUAGCGCAUGGAUGGACGCUGGCAGCCAAGGUAGCCGCGAGAAUCAGAAUAGCAGUAGUGGAGGAUUCAUUCUGGACCCCGACUUGGACUUCCUGGACGUUGCUGGUCUCAUCGAUGGCUACAUGCCUGGAGAUAUCACCUUACUUGUGGCCAGAGCACGAAACGAGGCUAUUAUCAGGUCUGUUAACGACACGGAUAGCGAGGGAAGUGCAGUCCAUCUGAGUCGCAUCGACUUUGACAAUGCCCUCAAGGGGUUCACACCUGCCUCACUGAGAAAUGUCUCCCUACAACACUCAACCACCACGUUUAGCUCAAUCGGCGGGCUGCAAGAGACUCGCAAGGUUUUAUUGGAGACUUUGCAGUACCCAACAAAGUACGCACCAAUCUUCGAGCAGUGUCCACUCAGAUUGCGGUCCGGUCUGCUGUUGUACGGAUACCCCGGUUGCGGCAAGACCUUGCUUGCAAGCGCCGUUGCUGGAGAAUGCGGUCUCAACUUCAUUAGCGUCAAGGGACCUGAGAUUCUUAAUAAGUAUAUCGGAGCGUCUGAGAAGAGUGUCCGCGACCUCUUCGAACGCGCGUCGGCUGCGAAGCCAUGCGUUUUGUUCUUUGACGAGUUCGAUUCUAUCGCUCCAAAACGUGGCCACGACUCGACGGGUGUCACAGACAGGGUAGUGAACCAGCUCCUUACCCAGAUGGACGGAGCGGAAGGCCUUUCCGGGGUCUACGUGCUUGCAGCAACAUCCCGACCAGACUUAAUCGACCCUGCUCUUCUCCGCCCCGGACGUCUAGACAAAUCUCUGCUCUGCGACAUGCCGAUGUUGGAAGAUCGAGUCGACAUUCUGAAGUCACUCUCCAGCAAGGUCAAGCUCAGCAAGGAAUUGACAGAGUCCGACGACGCAUGGACUGAUAUCGCACGGACAACUGAGGGUUUCUCCGGUGCCGAUCUUCAGGCCCUUGUGUCCAACUCCCAAUUAGAGGCGAUCCACGACGUUCUAGACGAUGUCAGCCAUGGCCCAACGACGAACGGCAAGGUUAAUGGCAAGUCGUCUUCUCAAGGCUCUGUCCCCAGCUUCGUACAGUUCCGCUACGGCCAAGACGCCACACCUGCUUCGAAGACAAUCAGCCGGCAGCAAGAGCUCAUUGAAAACGCCGCAGUCCUUGCCAAGUUGGAAAGCCUCAAACUUGCCCGUAAGAGGGUUAAGCACUCUCAACGCCCAGAAGGGGAUGCCAAACCAGUGAAUGACAAGGAGGUUGUGGUUAAGCUAGAGCACUUGAUGAAAGCCCUGGAAAGCACCAGAUCGAGUAUCAGCACGCAGGAACGGGCCAGAUUGCAAAGGAUUUACCGAGAAUUUGUUGUUGGUCGGAGUGGUGAGAUGAAGGAUGGCCAGGGAAGCAUGGAAAUUGGUGGGCGCAGCAGUUUAAUGUGA